UUGUUUGUGCCGUUGUUUCAUUGUUGUUUCGGUCGUCGCGUGUUCAUCUCUCUCUCGUGUCUUUUUCUUUUUCGGGGACGAUCGCGCGCCCUCUUUGGUUUCACGUUUUCCACUCACGGGAGGAGAGAGCAUGGCAAUAUGUUCUAGUUAUUAAAUAUAUCCAAUUUUAUUUAUUUAUUUAUUUGUGCUGGUGUGUGUGUGAUCAGUGUUUCGCGUGUAUGUACGUGUGUGUGUCUAUGUAAAAUGUAGCAAAAUGCAGCGACGCCAGCAGAACAAGUACCAGCGGGAAUCUAACGACGAUUGCAGUGACAGCAAUAACAACAACAGCAGGAGCAGCAGAAACAACGGCUGUCAUCAGCGGCUCUUCCUGUGCUUUGCCAAGGCUGUGCAACAAUUCAUAGAUCUCUGCAACAAUCUUUGUGCCACAGCAGCAGCAGCAGGGACUUUGACAGCAUCCACAUCCACGUUAUCAGCAGCCUCUGCUUCUGUCUCUGCCUCCUCCACAGCCUCCGCCAGCGGCACACAGCCGCCACUGGCCUUUACAGCGCCACCAACGGAAGCUGCCACAGCAGGAGCGAUAGCAGGAGGAGGAGAAGGGCCAGUACCCGUCUUCAGGCGACACAUUUCACACACCACAGCCGUCAAGUUUUUGUACGCCCGUAAAUUCGAUAUACCACGAGCCGUGUCGCUCUACGAACAGCAUGAGCAGAUCCGCCAGAAGGAGUAUCUCUACAACAUCGAUCCGGAUGUGGAGCCGCUGCGCUCCGAGCUGCAGACUGGAAAAUUUACAAUCCUCCCCGCCCGGACCUCCAGUGGAGCGGCGAUUGCCUUGUUCACCGCCAAUCGACACAGUCCGUUGAGCGUGGGCCAUACGACGACGCUGCAGGGGAUCGUUUAUCAACUGGACAGCGCCCUGCAGGACACGGAGACGCAGCGUGCGGGACUGGUGUUUAUCUACGACAUGAGCGGCUCCAAGUAUUCAAACUUUGACUACGACCUCUCACAGAAGAUACUCACCCUGCUAAAGGGUGGCUAUCCGGCGCGUCUGAAGAAAGUCCUGAUCGUGACGGCGCCGCUGUGGUUCAAGGCCCCCUUCAAGAUCCUGCGCCUGUUCGUGCGCGAGAAGCUGCGCGAACGGGUGUUCACUGUAUCGGUGCCGCAGUUGGGCCUGCACGUGCCGCGCAAGGCGCUGCCCCUGCAUCUGGGCGGCACGCUGGAAAUCGAUCACGCCACAUGGUUGCUGAGUUGCCGCCAAUCGAUGACGAAUCGUGAGGACGAGCUGCUUGCCAAUAUCACAGUGGGCACAGUCACUGGAGUCACUGGAGUCACUGGAGUCACUGGAGUCACUGGAGUCACUGGAGUCACCGGAGUCGCUGGAGUCACUGGUGUCUCAGGUACGGCAGCUGUGGCAGCAACCACCAAUGGCAGUAGCAGUGGCAGUGGCACCGGCAGUGGAACUGCUGCUGCUGCUGCAGCUGCAACCAUCAUAAGCGCCGUCCAUCAGCUGGCGGACAACAACACCACCGUGGUGACUGUCAGCAACGGUGAGGCCAGCAACGAUGCCACCUCUGGGGGCAUCACAGAGCCCAACGAGAACAUCACAAUCAAUGGCCUGAGUCCCAGUCAUCGCGGCAGCGGCAGUGCUGCCACUGGCGGCGGUGGCAGUGCUGCCCCUGGCGGCGGCGGCGGCACAUCACCCCUCAAGCUCAACACCAGCGGCGUUCCCUUGGACGGCGGUGGCGUCCCCAAAGCCACCACAGGCCUGGGAGCCCCCACUGCGACAGGAGCAGGAGCUGGCACUGUGGCAGGACUGGCGGUACGGGCCACGGGCGGCGGCCCUGGUGCUGAGGCCACCAAUGGCGGAGAGUUCUGGUCGGAGAAUCCACCCAGCAGCGCCUCGUCGGGCUUCAGCGACGACGACAGUCUGGCCGGCCAGGAGGGCGAUCCCAAGCCCAUCGAGCAGAUUGUGCAGAUGGUGAUGCAGCGGGGACGCCACGGACUGGUGAAGGAGUAUACGGACAUUAGGAACAGGACGCCCGACGGCACCUUCCUACAUGCGCGAAUGCGCGCCAACCUGACCAAAAACCGAUACACAGAUGUCCUCUGCUUCGAUCACAGUCGAGUGGUGCUGGCACAGGAGGACGGCGUCGAGGAGCUGUCCGAUUACAUAAAUGCGAAUUUUGUCGAUGGCUACAAACAGAAGAAUGCAUAUAUUUCAACUCAAGGUCCAUUACCAAAGACAUCCCAUGACUUUUGGCGCAUGAUCUGGGAGCAACAUUGUUUAGUUAUAGUGAUGACAACGCGCGUGAUGGAGCGCGGGCGUGUGAAAUGCGGCCAAUACUGGGAGCCGACUGAAGAUAGUUCCUUAGAGUACGGCGACUUCCAUGUGCGAACAAUUAGCGUUGAGUGCAACGAGGACUAUACGGUUGCCUCGUUGGAAUUGAGAAACAUAAAGACUGACGAAAUUCGCAAUGUCUCACAUUGGCAGUUCACCAGCUGGCCGGAUUACGGUGUUCCCAGCUCGGCCAUGGCCGUGCUGAACUUCCUCCAGAAGGUGCGCGACAAGCAGGCGGAGCUCGUCGAAGCUUUGGGCGAUACCUGGGCGGGACAUGCGCGCGGUCCACCGAUUGUGGUGCACUGCAGCGCCGGCAUCGGGCGUACAGGAACAUUCAUCACCUUGGACAUUUGCAUAUCGCGUCUGGAGGAUGUGGGAACGGCGGAUAUACGCGGCACCGUUGAGAAGAUACGCUCGCAGCGCGCCUACUCCAUCCAAAUGCCCGAUCAGUAUGUGUUCUGCCAUCUGGCCCUCAUCGAGUACGCCUACUCGCGCGGCAUGCUCCAGACGGUCGAUCUGGCAGGCUUCGAUGAGCGCGAACCGGACUCGGAGUAGAGGACGUCGCAGGUCCUCUUCGAGAAGGAGCAACAAAUAGCAAAUAGAGGGGGAGCAGGAGGAGUAUAGAGGAGAGGAACUAAGUAAAGAACGGAAUGGAGCGGAGCGGAACGGAACGGAUCAACAGACAAACACACACACAUUGUAUACAGAUUAAUUUUAUGCUUAUAUUCUUCCAAAUUCGGAGUUGUAAUUAUUUUGUUCGUUCGUACGUCGAUGUUUGUCCUGAAAAUAUGUGAAAAUAGGAGAAAGGAUUGCAAGGAAGAGAGAGGGAGAGGGACAGAGAGCGGAAGAGCAGAAGAGGAGUAGAAAGAGUAGAGUAACCAAUUUACGUUAAUGGACUAUAAUUUUUUUUUUAUUAUUAUUAUUGAAAUUAUUAUUAUUAUUAUUAUUAUGACAUACCAAUGCUAUAGCCGAUGUAUAGCGAAAACACACACACAUUUAUAAAUAUAUACAUACAUUAUUUAAAUUAAAUUUAAACUAAAUGAAAAUGAAACAAAAAAUAGCUAAAAAUAAAGAAGAAACAAUUAUAAACUAAACAAACAAAAAAAACAGCAGCAUAAGCAAACGAAACAAAAACAAAAACCAAGAAAAUGAAUCAACAGGAAGGAGAAAUGUGAGAAGAGAAAGUUAACUAAACUGUGGAUCAGAUGCAAUGAGACGAAAUGAGAUGAGUGAAGAGGAGAGGAGUGGAGUGGAGAGGAGUGGUGUGGAGUGGAGGCAUGCGAGAGAGUACAACGAAGGGAAGGCAAAGGACGCGAGUAGACCAGCCACCAUGCAAAGCAAAGCCGUCCGGAGUAAAGGGCAAACGGAUAGUCAAUGCGGAAAUUGAAAUUUAAAUGGAAAUUGAAAUCGAAAUCGAAUCGGAGAGAAGAUAAAAGCGCGUGCUAACAAUUUCCUACAAUCAACUAUGAAGCCCCCAAAGGAGCAGCAACAUAUAACUUAUACACACCUAUAUAGCAUACGGCAUACAUAUGUACGAGUAUGUGCUUAGAUCUAUGUCCUAUACAGCAUAUAGAUACGAUAUAUAUACGAUAUACACAUAUGUAUAGAGCAGAUUUAAGCAUUGUUGUACAAUGUUGUCGCAAACCCCAAGACCCAAAUGGCGCCAAAAGAAAACAGGAACGCAAUCCUCCAAUCCUCCUUUUCCCACAUACCCCCCUUCAGGUCCCCCAAAUAGCUGUUAAAUGUGUAUUCUUUUUUUUAAUUUAACAUUACUUAUUUUUUACAACAAAACAUUUAUAUAAAAAGAAAAUUACAACUAAAAUUGUAAAUUGCAGGCGAGUUUGUAGUGAAUUUUACUAAAAAACAAAAAA